AAUAAAAUUGCAUUAAGAAAGUUGAAAUAGUUGGAAAAUUAAGGAAAAACAGCAGAGCUGGGGAAAAAUAACAUUAAGUGUAAAUAAAAAGUGUUGUAAUAAUAAGAAAAAUAACAUCAUUUUAGUAGCAUAUCAUUUAAAUAAAUUUAAAUAAAUUAUUUAAAUAAAUUUAAAUAAAAGUAUGUUUUUUAGAUGUAAUAUUAGGAUAUAUAUUUUAGGUAUUUUAUAAAUAUGGAGAAUUGGGUUGGUUAAAAGUUACAAUAUUAUGAAAAAGUCAAAAUAUUAUGGGAAUAAAGUCAUAAUUUUGCAAAAAGAAAAUAAAAAAAUGUGGAAAAUAAAAAAAAGACAAAAAUACGGAAAAAAGAUAUAAAAGUUCUUAUCAUAUCCAUGACAAAUUGUCAAAGGCUUAAUGGCCUGCAAGGUCAUGUAGGAGAGUGUGACCCAGGAAGUAAAAGACGGAAACAGGAAGUUGACUCACAGAUGGCGGGAAAGUCAAUCCAUGCACCUCCCCACUCAUUCUUAGACAUUGACUGUGUAGCCAAGAUGGUGAAGAAUGAGGGUGGGUAGGCAUCUGCAACAUGAACACACUUUAGCACUAAAUGUGCAAAGUGUAAGCAUGGUGUGCAAACGGAAACACAGCCCAGACCACAUGGAGGACAUUGGACGUCAAAGCAGCAUGGCUGGAUGUUGCCUCAUCACACCUGGAUGGACCUCAUUCAGCACCAAAAAAACGGAUCCGAGAGAGCGUAGGAUGUCGUGGCUGCAGAAGGAAAGGACACAAAAAGGUCAGUGUGACACAACACUGGAGGAGGCAACACAAGCUCAGACACAAAAGUCAUUGAAUCUAUCACGACUGGACCCUUCAGGUUGGCUUGGACAUUUCAUCAUCUGAACAGAUCACCAUCAUCAUCAGAUGGAGAACAACUCCACUGUUCUUCCGCCACUUCCAAUUCGGGAUGAUUCAGCGUUUGUCCACUAGAGGGCGGCCCACUCAAAGCCUAAACAAACUGCAGGUUUGACCAACGAAAAGUUGUCCUAAUGGGAAAGUGGACCAGCAGAGGAUGAGGAAGAUGAAGAGAAGGAGGAGGAGAACGGGUCCGAUGGAGAUCCACGCAGAACCUUGAGCCCAUGGAGACAUGGCACAGCGGUUCCUGUCGUCCGCCUUCAUGCUGACUGUGUCUCUGUCCUGCACCUACCUGUGCUACAGCAUCAUAUUCGGCCGCACGGCCGUCAUGACGGGUCGCUCAUACGAGAGGAACCGAUGCCCGCCGAUCAGGCAAGCAGGCGGGAAGAAACUUCUCGCUCAGUCGGACCAGUGCGCUUGGCUGGGGGCGCGCACCUCCGCAGCCCGGCCCGAUUCUCCUCCUCUUUCUCCUCUUUCUCCUGUCCGCUGGGGCGACGCGAAGGCUAAAAACUCCAGUUCGGCGCAGAAAUUCGGGAAUAAGAAGCUUCCCAGCGCCUUGAUAGUUGGCGUGAAGAAAGGAGGAACCAGGGCGGUGCUGGAGUUCAUCAGGAUCCACCCGGACGUCCGCGCACUCGGAACUGAGCCGCAUUUUUUCGACAGGAACUACGACAGAGGACUAGACUGGUACAGGGGCCUCAUGCCAAGAACUUUGGAUAGUCAAAUUACUCUGGAGAAGACUCCCAGCUACUUUGUCACCAGGGAAGCCCCUCGCCGUAUCUCCAGCAUGUCCCACCAGACCAAACUGAUCGUGGUGGUUCGAAACCCGGUCACGAGAGCCAUCUCGGACUACACGCAGACUCUUUCCAAGAAGCCCGACAUCCCAACAUUUGAGGAGUUAGCCUUCAAGAACCGGAGCCAGGGUCUGGUCGACACUUCCUGGAAUGCCAUCCGUAUCGGGAUGUAUAUCCUCCACCUGGAGAACUGGCUGCGCUACUUCCGUCUUUCCCAGAUGCACUUUGUGAGCGGCGAGCGGCUCAUCACGGACCCGGCCGGCGAAAUGGGUCGUGUUCAGGACUUUUUGGGAUUGAAGAGGAUCAUCUCGGAUAAGCACUUCUACUUUAACAGAACCAAAGGCUUCCCGUGCCUGAAGAAGCCGGAGAGCAGCGGCCAACCUCGAUGCCUGGGGAAGUCCAAGGGAAGGACUCACGUCCAGAUAGACCGGGAGGUCAUCGAACAGCUGCAGGACUUUUAUCGACCGUUCAAUGUCAAAUUCUUUGAAACUGUCGGACAAGACUUCAAGUGGGAUUGAAAGUGACAGGAUAUUCUAAAGUACUUUAUCUUCUGAGGACGUUUUAGCAGAAACACCAGAAUGCUUGACGCUAUCUACAAGCUUCGGAAUACCGAAUUACUAGUUUCCACCGUCUGGUUCAGUUUGGUAUUAUAUAAAUAUUCAGAAAUAUUGAAGGGUGCUAAAAUAAUAGUCAACUGAGACUCUUCAUUUGGCGUCUUGUGUUCGGUAUUGCGGUGGUUCAUUCUGUAGCCUGUUUGCGAUUGGGAACGGGAACGCAACUUGGACAAACUUGGCCUAAAAUACAUUGCCAGGGAUGUUUCCGAGAUUUUGAGUGAUGGGAUUAUUUGCUUUAAAAUUCUUAAUCACAUUAAUAAUAAUAGUAAUGACUAUGGACUAUGGACCGCGCUACAAUCAAAAGCCAGAAUCAGUUGUUAGCAUUUCAAAAUUAAUUUGGCGUCUUGUGUUUGGUAUUGCGGUGGUUCAUUCUGUAGCCUGUUUGCGAUUGGGAACGGGAACGCAACUUGGACAAACUUGGCCUGAAAUGCAUUGCCAGGGAUGUUUCCGAGAUUUUGAGUGAUGGGAUUAUUUGCUUUAAAAUUCUUAAUCACAUUAAUAAUAAUAGUAAUGACUAUGGACCGCGCUACAAUCAAAAGCCAGAAUCAGUUGUUAGCAUUUCAAAAUUAAUUUGGCGUCUUGUGUUUGGUAUUGCGGUGGUUCAUUCUGUAGCCUGUUUGCGAUUGGGAACGGGAACGCAACUUGGACAAACUUAGCCUGAAAUGCAUUGCCAGGGAUGUUUCCGAGAUUUUGAGUGAUGGGAUUAUUUGCUUUAAAAUUCUUAAUCACAUUAAUAAUAAUAGUAAUGACUAUGGACCGCGAUACAAUCAAAAGCCAGAAUCAGUCGUUAGCAUUUCAAAAAAUUCAUUUGGCGUCUUGUGUUCGGUAUUGCGGUGGUUCAUUCUGUAGCCUGUUUGCGAUUGGGAACGGGAACGCAACUUGGACAAACUUAGCCUGAAAUGCAUUGCCAGGGAUGUUUCCGAGAUUUUGAGUGAUGGGAUUAUUUGCUUUAAAAUUCUUAAUCACAUUAAUAAUACUAAUAAUGACUAUGGAUUAUGCGUCCAUUAGCGGUCAAUGUAAAAGAGGUACCGCAAUACAAUCAAAAGCCGAAUCAGUCGUUAGCAUUUCAAAAAAUUCAUUUGGCGUCUUGUGUUUGGUAUUGCAGUGGUUCAUUCUGUAGCCUGUUUGCGAUUGGGAACGGGAACGCAACUUGGACAAACUUAGCCUGAAAUGCAUUGCCAGGGAUGUUUUCGAGAUUUUGAGUGAUGGGAUUAUUUGCUUUAAAAUUCUUAAUCACAUUAAUAAUAAUAGUAAUGACUAUGGACUAUGGACCGCGAUACAAUCAAAAGCCAGAAUCAGUUGUUAGCAUUUCAAAAAAUUCAUUUGGCGUUAAUUGGCGUUAAACAUUAAUAAUAAUAAUAAUGACUAUGGAUUAAGCUGCGUCCAUUAGCGGUCAAUGUAAAAAAGAGGGACCGCAAUACUAUCAAAAGCCAAAUCAGUUUUUAGCAUUUCAAAAUGAUACCGUGCCGAACUGGACCAACUGGUGGAAACACGGAUGCUUAAACGCCAUUUAUUAAAAAAAAAAAAAAAAAAAAAAGAUUAAAUCCAAAGUGUCAUGAAUAAAUUAGCAGUCACGCAAUAUUAUUUUCAUUAAAGCCUCCUGUCAUUUCAGCAGCGUGAAUAUUCAUGGCCUGAGACUGCGUUUGUCAUUAUCACACUAAAAAUGCACCACUGGUUUUCUUGUUGGCGAGCGUACGACGACAACGACAGCCUGUCAAUUCUCCCGCCAUUAAAGUUGUUGAAAUGAUGCUUACACUGGAAGAAACACGAAUAAAUCUUUGCUGUUUACCCAACCUCGCGUUCUUCCGUUGAAGCCCGGAAUGUUCUUAUAUGAACACAUACUUUAUUUACUUUAUUUGCUCAUUUCAGUCUUUGGAUUUUAACUCAUUUUAAGAUGCGUAAUGUGGAUAUUGUCAAGGGAAAAUUACUGUUUAUUUUUAAUAUGUGUCACAGGUCAGAUUUCUGGGCAGUACUCUUAAUUUUAGCUGAUGUCUGACAUACUAUGAGUUUGGGAUCACUUGGAAAUGUAUUUGUUUUCCAAGGAAAAACUAAUUUUCAUCCAUUUCACAAACAAUUAAAAUGAAUCAGAUGAUUUUCAAAGAAGGAUGUACAUUUUUGCAUAGAGGCCGACUAUCAACAACUGUCAGUCUUCUGCAUCAAUUUCCUGGUAUUGCUGCUAAUCCGAGUUCAUUAUU